AAGUGUUUCUUUUCUUUUUUCUCAUUCAAUAAUAACAGCUGUUCUUUUUUGAAGUGUCGCCUAUUCUUUUAUCUACCUCUCGGGUGCUUCUGGUUAUAUAUAAGGCUAGAAGCUAUACGACUGGUUAUAUGUUUCAAACACAGUAAAGACAAGAAAAAGACGUGUCAAAAUAAACGGAAGACCUGAUUCAACUUAUACUGAAUUGCAGGAAAAGGCUGCCAUGUGUCGUUUUCUCGUAUACAAAGGCAGAAGCGAGAUUCUUCUGAGUAAACUGGUUACAGAACCGAGCCAUUCCAUUCUAACACAAUCCUAUGACUCACGACUAAGACUGGAUACUCGUCGUCCUGUCAACGGCGAUGGCUUUGGGGUAGGCUUCUAUCCGGACCCAAAACUUGGUCCAGAGCCUUGCAUCUUCACCUCAACUCUACCAGCAUGGAACUGCGAAAAUCUAGAACGCCUAGCAAGCAAGACAUGCUCAAACUUGAUAUUCGCUCACGUUCGAGCAUCGACUGAAGGGGCAUUGGCCGAUAACAAUUGCCACCCUUUCCAACAUAAUUCCCUCAUGUGGAUGCAUAAUGGCAACCUCGGUGGAUGGAAUUACAUCAAACGACCACUUAGUCAAUCACUAAAUGAUAAAUGGUACCUCGGCGUCAAGGGUGGUACCGACAGCGAAUGGGCGUUUGCUCUUUUCCUCGAUUUGAUGGAGAAAGAAGGUGCAGAUCCCAGCUCCGAUCCCGGGCCGGACGGGUUUGGGCAGGCUUUUUUGCGACAGGUCAUGAUCAAGACGAUUGCCAAGAUCAAUGAGUUUAUUCGGUUGAUUCCCGAGAAACAUAAAGUGACCGAUCUUGAGACAAGGAGUCUGCUCAAUUUCGCGGUUACUGAUGGGCAUACCGUGGUCUGUACGCGGUAUGUCAGCAGCAAGACGGACGAACCGGCAAGUUUGUAUUUCUCGUCUGGAACAAAGUGGAAGGAAGGCAAAAAGGAAGGCCAUUUUAAGAUGGAACGUCACGAUAAGGGGGCUGAUAUCGUCCUCGUGGCCAGUGAGCCCAUUACUUUUGAAAGACAUAACUGGGUGACUGUCCCCACCAACUCAAUCCUGACAAUCCACAAGCAAACAGUGUUACUACACCCAAUAAUAGACGAAUUUUACAACGACGACCCGAAUCACGACCGCUCAUCGGUGUACGCUCUGUCUAAAGGAUUCGCACCUCCAGCAGUUGUCACACCCACGAAGAGCACGGCGGCAGCUGCCAAAGCGUCUAUGGCGCAAACGAAUGGAUCAACAAAGCUCGAUGCGUUGGCACCAAAAGUGACGCAGUUAGAGCUUGCAUCUUGAUAAAUAAUUAAUUCCGUAUGGAAGUUCUUGUAUCAAAAUUGUUUUGAUUGUCAUAUCACAAGGGAGUUUCAAAUUGCAAAAGAAGGAUCAUGGAUGGCGUACGGAAGGACUGGAUAGCGUUUGUGAAAUUGGCCAUUUAAUUACUUUUGGGAGCGAACAUAUAUCUGGUAUGGAGUUUUGAUUAUGGAGACAGACUGUUAGUUAUAUGAACAUUGUAUCUUUCGGAUAGGAAUAUAUUAUACAUUAAGUUAC